CGGCGCAUCGACUCACAUGCGCCCGUGGAGGAGGAAUUUCGGCUACAUCAAUCUAAUUUCACUUCCUUGAUCAUCAACACCGCCACUGGUACAAUUCGCGUGCGAUUUCGUGUGCUUCCCGCCGUCGCAGUCAUGGCGUGGGAUCAUUUGGAUAUCGAUAAGCCUCAUUUGGCCUACAUGAUUCUGGGUGGCUUUACCAGUCUGUUCAUGUUAUGUUCGCUCUUUGUCAAGGAGAAGCUGUACAUCGGUGAAGCCACUGUUGCCACGCUGUGUGGUAUUAUCUUUGGGCCCCAUGCGGCCGACCUGUUCAAUCCAUUGUCGUGGGGCAAUGUCGACAAGAUUACGCUGGAAUGCUCGCGCAUUGUCCUGGUCGUUCAGUGCUUCGCCGUCGGAGUCGAACUGCCCAAGGCCUACAUGGAACGACAUUGGAAGUCUGUGUUUUUGCUGCUGGUGCCCGUCAUGACUUGGGGAUGGCUGGUAACGAGUCUCUUUAUCUGGUGGAUGGUGCCACCCCUCUCGUGGCUCGAAAGUCUGAUUUGCGCCUCGUGUGUCACCGCUACGGACCCCGUCCUCGCGUCCUCGGUCGUCGGUAAAGGCAAAUUCGCCCGUCGAGUUCCCAAGCACCUGAGAGACUUGUUGUCCGCCGAGUCCGGCUGCAACGACGGCAUGGCCUUCCCGUUCAUCUACCUGGGUUACUACAUCUGGCGCUACCGGCCCAAUGCCGGAGAGGUGUCGCUCAACUGGUUCUGUAUCACCAUUCUCUACGAGUGUGUUUUCGGAGCAGUCUAUGGGUUCAUCAUAGGGUAUCUGGCCCGCCACGCGAUCAAGCUCGCCGAACGGAAGGGGCUCAUUGAUCGCGAGAGUUUCCUCGUGUUUUACUUUGUGCUGGCUGUCUUCUGUGCCGGCUCGGGUAGUCUCCUGGGCAUGGACGACCUCCUGAUUGGCUUUUCUGCUGGUGUGGGCUUCAGUAACGACGGGUGGUUCACGGAGAAGACGGAGGAGUCUCAUGUAUCCAACGUCAUUGAUCUUCUGCUCAACUUGGCGUAUUUUGUGUAUUUCGGGUCGAUCAUUCCCUGGGAGGACUACAACAACCCUUCGAUUGGUCUGGUGCCCUGGCGACUGGUCGUGAUCGCGAUAUUGGUCAUCUUUUUCCGUCGGAUUCCCAUUAUGUUGAUACUGAAACCAAUCAUCCCGGAUGUGAAAACUUGGCGCGAAGCGUUGUUUGCGGGCCACUUUGGGCCGAUUGGUGUCGGUGCGAUUUUUGCGUCGAUUCUCGCGCGCGCGGAAUUGGAGGGCCAGGGCACCGACCCUUUGGGAGAAUCAGAGCUUCCAAAGACGGGCUCUUCCAAUUACUAUAUCGUUCAGCUCAUCUGGCCGAUCACCACGUUCAUGGUCAUUUCCUCGAUUUUGGUUCAUGGCUCCUCCAUCGCCGUCUUCACACUCGGCAAGCGGAUCAACACCCUCACCAUUACCCUGUCGUACACCACCGCCAACGAGGAAGGUCCCUCCUGGAUGAAUCGUCUGCCGCGGGUGCAGUCUCUGGCCAAGGGUUCCAUGUCGUUCCGCAAACCGGAUGAGGGCGACGAGUCCUCCAACGAACCGGAGUAUCCUCCGGGUACUUUGCCUCCGAUCGGAGUCCCAGGCAACUUCUUGCGUCGCCAGAAGGAUGACGAGACUGAAUCAACACGUGUCCGGUCGACUAGUAGGACUCGCAGAAGACGCCGUAGACGCAACGAUGGAGCCGGCGGCCCGAUCAGUCAGUCGGCGAUCGCGCCCCAGCGGACCGCAGAUACUGAAGAAUCCGAAAAGCAAGAAGAACGCGAGGAGGAGGAAGAACGCGACAGGAUUGAACGGGAAGCCUCUCCUCCCACCCGGGAACGGGAUCGAUUCGGACGGGAGCCAAUCAUGGAAGUGUAUCUGGAGGGCCAUAAUAUGAUCAUGGAGGAUGAGGAGGGCAAUGUCCUCAAGGUCGAGGACAUCAGUCAUCUUUCCGCAGAAGAGCAGAAGCAACAUAUCGAAGAACAGCGCCAAAGGCUGCAGCACCACAACAACGGUGAAUUCGCCCCGUCGCGUUCCCAGCCCCAUGAGAAGAACGAAGGGGAAGAGCUUGAAAAGACUCUGGAGAAAAAGGCCGAACAGUCGGUCGAGAAGACUCGGAAGAAGUUUGGGAAUUGGAUGAAGUUCGGCAAGGGUGGUAGUCGUGUUCAAGAGCCCGUUCACACUCCUGAGGAGAAGGCUGCCGCUAAGCGUCGGGCUGAAAAGGAAGCCCACAAGCGCAAGGGCAAGGGUCGCUCCGCCCACGCCUACCAAUUUGGCAACACGAUUAUUGUCGAGGACGAAGAUGGCGAGGUUAUCAAGAAGUACUCGCUUCCCGCCAAGGAAAAGCCAAAGCCUGAGGGCAAUGCUCCGGUCCGACGAGGACUGACCCGCAUGGGAACCUGGUUCGGCAUGGAGGAAGAGGGUGACAGCUCGCAAGCGGCGCGCAAGGCGGCGCAGGACGAGUGGAUGGCGGAUGAUGGUCUGCGUUUCACUCUCGCUGACGAUAGCGACCUCGGCAAGCGGGGCAUUGAGCACAAGGGUCGUCGCAUGACCAAGCACGAAUUUGCCCAGCAGAUCCGCAACCUGGACCCGAAGGCGCGUCGCGAUGUGGUGGAAGAAACCGAUGCUCCCGAGCGGGUCAAGAACGUUGCUCGCCAGGAGGCCGAGAAGGUGGAAGAGCAGGAGCGUCGCAAGUCGGAUCCCGGCGUCACACCGUCCGUUCCCGUUUUCGACGAUGAUUCCGGGACUGAAACCGACCUCAGCGACGCUGAAUCGGGCCACGGCGUUCCUGGCGAGAACAUCGCUGCGUCUCUGGCCCGGUUCAGUCGUGGUACCGCUGCCGACGAGCGGCGGAGUCGCCAUGUCAGCCCCAAGUCAUCGCCCACGAAGACGCAAGCUCGGUCGAGAAGAGACUCGGAGGACGACGGGACCGAGCGUGUGCCGCCAGCUCAACUGCGGGAGGCGGCUGGUCUAUCCCGGCCGCCGCAGCAAGCGGAUGACGAAACUGGCGAGACGCCCGCUGAACGCCGUCGUCGUCUGGCCGCUCUGGGUGAGAUCAACAACUCGGACGACUCGGACGAUUCCGACACUCCGGUAGACGAAUCGGACAGUGAGAACACCGGUGCGAACCAGAGCCGGGUCCAGUUCGCGGAUGGCACGAAGGACAGCCGGCAGCAGUCGUUCAAUGGGGGUGGCUCCGGUGACGCGCAGGAGACGGGAUCGACCUACUCGCGCCAUAGUCGCAGUCAGAGUCGUCGCAGCAUUUCUUGGGGAGGAGAGAAAGGGCGGGAAACUUAGGGGAAGAUGAAGAUAGAGAUGGAGAUGAAGCUGAAAGGGGGGGGAAGGUGUAUGUAUAGACAGCAGAGAGGUGGAAAAGGGGUAAGGCGGUGAACGCCCACGUUUGUGGCUGUGAGUGUGCUUUUGCUGCCUU